AUGAUAUCCUUUCUUUCAUCCUGUUUUAUUGGACUAACUAGUAUAUUAAGUAGCAAAAGGAAUUUUUGGACUUUUAGAAUAAUAUUUUUUUAAUCCUUAUUUGAAUGCAUAGAUUUAGGCUUAGCUUUAAUUUAUAAUUUAUAAAUUAUGCAAAAGGAAACAUUAAAUUCAUAAUGCAAUUUAAUUGGAUAUAUAAUGCAUUCAAGUUGGAUCUCAUCAUUUUGCUGUUGCUUCUUGAUGAUCUAUUAGAUGAAAUUAUUAUUAAAGGUACAAUCAUUUUUAUUAUAGGUUGAAAAAUUCUAUGAAACUUUAUCAAAAAAUAUAUUAAAGGCAAUAUUCCUUAUUGCUAUUUUUUCAUAUUUAUGGUUGCUUACACCAUUUAUUUUAGAUGGAUUUGUUCCAACAGGAUGGAAUUCAUUUGAAAAAAAAUGUAAAUAAUACUUUUUUUGUGGAUUUGGCAAAGACUGGAAACUCUAUUUAGUAUUUUGGAGUCUACCUUAAAUAAUUAUUUUUUUGAAUGGAGUUAGAAUAGGAAUUAAUGUAAAAAAGUUCAUUUAUGAUUCUUCUUUAGAAUAAAAAAUUAGCCUCAAUCCAUCUAUCUACAUUUUAAGAUGAAGAAUUUUAAAUGAUUAAAGAUCUAUAAAAAUUUCCAAUUAUAUAUGCUGGAGCUUGGUCAAUUAAUUAAGUCAUAAGGUACUAAUUAUUAAAAAAUAGAUAUAUUGAUCUUAAUGAGACUAUUGUCGAAUGGAUUGUAUUUAAUCAUUGGUCUUUUGGUUUUUAUGUUUUGAUUAAUUUAAUCUUUGAAUUACACUUACUUAUUGUUUUAUAUUAUUUUAUUAAAAAUUACAAGUAAAUAAAACUUAUAUUAUAUGUUAGUUAGGUGUUGAACAUUAAGCAAAUUUGGCUAUCAUUAUUGUGCUGUCAAAAAAAAGUUGAAAUAAAAGAUAAAGAAAGCCUACUAUAUCAAGAUGUUAAUGGGACUUCAUGA